AUGCCGCCGCAGCUGCUGCUGCUGCGGCUGCCACCACUGAAGCGGACGAUCCCGGGGGUGGCUGCAGAGGUGGUUCCAUCUGCUCCAUUGGCAGGUGACACAGAUUAUUCUGACCCAUUCGAUGCUCGCUUGGACCACAGGACAGAACCAGAUCUCAGACCUGUUCCCUGCGAGAACAACGGCUACAUGGAACCGUAUGAGGCCCAAAGGGUCAUAACAGAGCUGCAGCGAGGUCCAGGAGGACGGUCGCGGGGGGGUGUACAGCUCUAUGACACCCCUUAUGAAGACGAGCGAGGCCAGCGCCUGGGUCUGUUGUACGGAGAACCCCAGGAGGAGGGCAAGGAGAGCAGCAGGCUGCCGCAAGAUGAUGAGAGACCGGCUGAUGAGUAUGACCAACCCUGGGAAUGGAAAAAGGAUCAUAUCUCCAAAGCUUUUGCAGAAAUGAGGGAGUUGUCGGAGUUGCCCUGGCCUGCCCCAGUGGGUCAGCUGGAGGAGGAGCCCCCCGUCAGAGAGCAAGUGCAGUUUGAUGGCGCAGAGUGGGACCGCUCCUCGUCACCCACAGAGCGGUUGCGUCCUCCGGGGGCCCGGUCCAGCCCGCUGGCAGGAGGGGGGAUGAAGUUUAGGAUGCCCCAGGAAAGCCACGCCAUGGUUGGGGAGAGAGUAGACCCAACUCUGCCUCUGGAGAAGCAGGUGUGGUACCAUGGCUCACUGUCGCGGUCGGAGGCAGAGUCGCUGCUAACGCUGUGUAAAGAGUGUAGCUACCUGGUGAGGAACAGCCAGACCAACCGCUCUGACUACUCUCUGUCCCUACGGAGCUGCCAGGGUUUCAUGCACAUGAAGUUCACCCAGUACAAAGACGGCAAGUACGUGCUGGGGCAGAACAGCCCUCCCUUUGACACCAUCCCAGAAGUCAUCCACUUCUACACCACACACAAACUCCCGAUCCGAGGCGCCGAGCAUCUGUCCCUGCUGUUCCCCGUGCUGGUGCAGACGCUCUGAUGCUCCUCCUGGACCUGCAGGAUUUUCAUUGUGACCGGACACGUAAAACUUGAAUGUUUGAUGGGAUCUUCCCAGUGGAGAACCAGUGCUCUCUUCUUGUUGGACUGGACUGCUUUUGGUGAUUCAACACACCAGGGGCUAAUGCCCUCACCCACCACUGCUGUUGUACCUGUGCCAAGUGUCUCUAACAUCCGGGGGAUCGAUUCACAUGAAACGCAAUACCUGAACUUUAGGCCACCUUUGCUGUAACUCCUCUCCCUCUCUCAUCUCCGUGCUGAACUGAGGGGGCUGACUUCAGGACAUGUGAAAUUCUCCCUCUCCUUAUUACAUGUCUUUCACAGCUGACUGAAAUGCAAAGUAUGUUAGCCGAGCUGUAGCUGGGAGACAGCCUGUAUCACCUGAAUGUACUGAUGCCCCAGUUUACAGGAGCUUCUAAUUACUGCUGUUCCACAAUAAACACCUCAUUGACACUGGUUAAAAAUAUUGCUGUUGUUCGGUGAAAACCUCACUGGUCGCUGAUUUUUCAUGUUUAUAUGAAUCAAUAAAUUUUACUGUACAAGAUGAGAAACCUUUUUCAUCCUUGGGCUCGGGAGACCCUUUUGUAAAUGCUGGAAAAUUCCCAUUUUCCACUCAAAAAAAAUGAAAGCUAUUUUCAAAGAUUUAAGGUUUUUACCAACAGCAGUUAUAUUUCAGAUGCUUUUCUACACAUAGACACACCUGCUCAUUCUCACCCAGUCUGUCCUGCACUGUCAUGCUGCUGUACGCUGAAAGAUUUGCUUGACACAUCUCCAUGUUGCUUGUUGAUUGUUCAUUGUGAGUAACAGACAAGCUGUGUUGUUGUUGGUACUUGUGUUGACCUCGCUGACCUGUAUCUCUUGUUUGUUGCUUACAUUGCAUUUGGUAGACAAUGCUGGGUUUGUAAAAAGAAAAAGAAAAAGGCCAAGCAACCUGUCACUGCUGUCAUUGUCUCCUCGCUGACGAGCUGUAGGCUACAUCUGACGCAAAGAGACACUAAUCAGGAAACAAGCAAACUGUGGAACUGUUGGCCGCGUCCUCACACUUCCUACAUAUUUGAGCGAAGAUUUUCCAGCCGGCCAAGUCAUUACAUGCUGGUUGGUGAGUUGUAAUAGAGUUAGAUGCUUGCCAUCUGGAAUGGGUUUCCAUAUCUGCUGCCUGGUUGCAGCGUUGUGUGGGAACAACUGAUUUUAGAGGAGUGCCAACUUCUACCAAACACAUUGGAAAUGACAAAUGGAAAAAAAUUAUUUAAAUCAUUACUUCUGAAUCCAAAAUUGACUGGGUUGUAUUAAUUAUUAUUGUGGCCAUUUUCUUUCACCAAUAAAAGAUGACAGGAUGUAUAAUUUACCUGCUGUGUUGAAGCGUUUCAUUGAUCUUCAAAGUGGUUUUAUGGAGUGUUUAUUCUACAUGUAGAUCUUUAUGU